AGGGAGCGCAGCCACUGUUUUGGGGAGGGGAUCUUCUUGGCUUUGGAGCAGUUCCACAAACUGAGCCCUCGCUGGUUGCUGUGGGCUCAUCAGCAGUUUUAUUUCUUUGAAAGCAAUACGAAAUCACUUGUUUUUACAAGUGGAUCUUGCUCACUGUAUCAGGUGAGAAAGACAAUUGGUAUUGGAUGGGCUGGGGCACUUUUGGGCUUGCAGCACAGUACUGUCAAUGAAUGAGGAGCUCAGGACAUUCUUAAUUCUAUGCUGGAUGGCCGUACUUCGUAGCAGCAAGAAAAUCUGCAGUGUUAGAGAUUGCUUUUCUUGAGCUGUAGCCCAGAUCUGUCAGAACACAGUAGCAGCCCUUGCAGUACAACAUUAAUACCAGUAGCAAUCAGAAACUUUUAACUUUGAUCUCUGGAAAAUAAUUUGUAAGAAAUAAAAUACAAGCAUAACUUGUAUCAUCUCUCCUUCUAGUGCAUCAAUAAAUAAUUACUAAACAUCAUCCUGUGACUCUGCCACAUCCUCUACUUCUCUGUGCCAGACAGGUGGAACACAACAGGUUGGGCAAAGGUGAUAAGUCUGUUUUGCAGAUUUGUAAUGCAGAGAUGAGAGAACAAGCCCUGGGAACCAAACAAACCCACUGAUACAAUGCAGGAACCUUGACAGCUUCCCUCUAGAUGCAGGAUGAGCCCUUCCUGACCCUGCUUUAACCAAACCCUGGCACUAUCUGCCACGCAGCUACCAUUGCUGUCCUCUUCUUCUCCCACUGAGGGUUUCCUACACCUUCCCUGCACAGCAGAAAUGGGGAUGUUCAAUUGAUUUUCCAGACCUUAUGUUCCUUCUUUUCCUUCCUUCUUCAGAAUAGCGAGAAGGGAAUGACAGUGCUUCUCACUGGCUGCUUCAAUCCUGCCAUGUUUUAACAGACGCAAAAUAUCCACAGACUGUAUUCAUGUACAUGAACGUGAUUUUCUAAUGCCAUUCCAGACUACACAGUGACUUCUCUCGACUUCUGCUCUCUCUGGUGCAGGUCUGAUCCCUGGGACAUGGAAACAACUCUUUUAUUUGCACUGCGUGAGCAAACAAAUACUAAUCACUUCCCUUUUAUUUUAUGCUCUAUUGCUUCCUUAUCUAGCCACGCUGCAUCAUGGGAGGAAACAAAUGGUUGCAGUCUUCCUAUUCUUUUCUUCCGCACUGAUUUUUCAACAAGGCAAAAGCCGUGAAGAUGUUUAUCUUAAGAGCAGAGCAUCCCAUCUGCGGCCGCACCAUGCUGCGCUUCCUGUGGGACAGCGUCUCCCUGCAGAUGCUCUUGGUCUUCCUCUUGGUCUUCCUGCUGGUCGCUGACUACAUGAAGAAGAGAAAGCCCAAGGACUUCCCUCCCGGUCCUUUUUCCUUCCCUUUCCUGGGAAAUGUGGAAUUUUUGUUUGCCAAAGACCCCUUGGCCACAACACAGAAGAUUAUUGAAGAACAUGGAGAUAUCUUCAGCAUGCAAGUAGGCACCCAGUCUUUUGUGAUCUUAAAUGGGCUGCAAAUGAUCAAGGAAGCCCUUGUGACCCAGGGAGAGAAUUUCCUGGAUCGCCCAGAAAUUCCUAUCAACACAGAGAUCUUCAACAAAUUGGGGCUGAUCUCCUCCAAUGGGCACCUGUGGAAGCAGCAGAGAAGGUUCACCUUGACCACCCUCCGAAAUUUUGGCCUGGGGAAGAGGAGCCUGGAGGAGUGGAUCCAGGAGGAGUGCCGGUUCCUCACGGAUGCGUUCAGGGAUGAGCAGGGAAAUCCUUUCAACCCUCACCUUAAAAUCAACAAUGCUGUUUCAAAUGUUAUCUGCUCCAUCACCUUCGGCAAUCGGUUUGAAUACCAUGAUGAGGACUUCCAAAACUUGCUGCGGCUGAUGGAUGAGACUGUUACCCUCCAUGGGAAGAUAAUGAGCCAGCUGUACAAUGCUUUCCCCUCCGUAAUAAAGUACUUCCCAGGAUCUCACCAAACCAUUUUUGAAAACUGGAGACUCAUGAAAGGUUUUGUGAAAGAGAAGAUCAGCAAACAUAAGGAAGACCUGAACCCCUCAGAGAGCCGAGACUUCAUCGACAGCUACCUGCAGGAGAUGGCCAAGCCCAGUGGCAGUGACUUCUGUGAGGAUAACCUGGUUGCAUGCACUCUCGACCUGUUUUUUGCUGGGACUGAGACCACCUCCACAACCAUCUGCUGGGCCCUGCUGUUUAUGGCCAUAUAUCCAGAGAUUCAAGCCCGUGUGCAAGCAGAGAUUGAUGCUGUCAUUGGGCAGACACGGCAGCCAGCCUUGGAGGACAGGGACAAGAUGCCCUACACCAAUGCCGUCAUCCAUGAAGUGCAGAGGAAAGGCAACAUCAUCCCUUUCAGUUUGCCUAGAGAGGCAAUGAAGGACACAGUCCUGGCUGGUUUCCACCUGCCCAAGGGCACUAUUGUAGUCCCAAACCUAUUCUCCGUGAUGCUUGACAAGAAGGACUGGGAAACCCCUCACAGUUUUAAUCCUGAGCAUUUCCUGAAGGACGGUCAGUUCUGGAAGAGGGAGGCUUUUAUGCCAUUUUCUAUAGGGAAGCGCGCCUGCCUGGGUGAGCUGCUGGCCCGCGCCGAGCUCUUCCUCUUCUUCACGGCUCUGCUCCAGAAAUUCACCUUCCAGGCUCCCCCGGACACCAUCCUCGACCUCAAAUUCAUUCUGGGCAUGACCUUGGCCCCACAGCCCUACAAGAUCUGUGCAGUGCCUCGAUAGGGAGUGCGGCCACUGUUCUCAGAGGGAGAACUCUCAGCUUUAAAUGGCACAUUUUACACACUGUAUCAGCUGAAAAAGAUUGGUCAGGGCACUUUUGGGCUUGCAGCCCAGCACUGUCAAUGAAUGAGGUACUCAGGACUUUCUUAAUUCCAUGUCUGAUGGCCAUGCAUCACAGCUGUGGAUCAGUAGUGGAAGGGAGCAGUACAAAUAGUGACUGGAAACAGUUUCUACUUUGAUCUUAGGAAAACUGUUAGAAGUACACUGAUGCCCUGUGACAUCUCCCUCUCUUGCACAUUAAUAAAUCCCAAUUGAAGCAUU